UCCAAAAUGCGCAAACGUGGUGCUAUUGUUAGUAAAUUAAUGGCCAAAAUGAUGUGCAAAGCGGGUUUCACUCAUAUUAUCACAGUUGAUAUGCAUCAUAAAGAGGCUCAAGGAUUUUUUGAUAUCCCGGUGGAAAACCUCCGCGCGUCUCCAUUCCUGUUGCAAUAUAUUCGUGAGAAUAUAUCGGAUUACAAGAAUGCCAUAAUAGUGGCCCGAUAUCCCGGUGCCGUACGUAAGGCCACGGCAUACGCCGAGCGACUCCGCGUCGGUAUAGCCGUCAUUCACGGCGAACACAAAGAGGCAGAAACGGACGAAGUGGACGGCCGUACGUCACCGCCGCCCGCGCUCUCCGACUCGUCGGCUACAGAGGCGGCCAGUGUUGGCGCGAGUGUAGGGAUGGGCAGCACUUCGACCGAUCGCUACAAUUGGGACGGUUUGCCCCAACUGUUGCCGAAGGAGAAGCCGCCCAUCACUAUUGUGGGCGAUGUCGGCGGUCGUAUAGCCAUUAUGAUUGACGACGUGAUCGAUGACGUGGAGUCUUUUGUGAGCACUGCCGAGCAUUUGCGUGACCAUGGUGCUUAUAAGAUAUACGUGUUGGCCACACAUGGCUUCUUCUCGGCCGACGCUCCGGCACUGAUCGAGGACUCGCCCAUCGAUGAGGUGAUUGUGACGAAUACGGUUCCCCACGAGCUCCAGAAGAUGAGGUGCCAUAAGAUUAAGACCAUUGAUAUCUCGAUACUGUUGGCCGAAGCCAUGCGUCGGAUACAGAACAAGGAGUCGUUGAGUUUUCUCUUCAAAAAUGUUUCCCUCGAAGACUGAUGUGAUUAUCACAUAAUCUGAUAAUUGUGUUCAUUAUAUGAUUAUGGAGGGCCACCACUUGAAUGGUUGCAUUGGUUGCAUGGGUUGCAUCAUUGGCCACAUACCGGAGCCCAUAGCCAUGCCUGUCAUACCGCCUCCAUUGCCCAUAAAGGAUCCCAUAGACAUUCCGGAACCCAUACCACCCAUGGAACCCAUAUUAAAACCAUUGCCGAAGGCAUUGGCGCUUCCAGUGCUCAUUGAAUCGAAAUGA